AUGUCCUCGAUCGCGAAGAUCCCCACGCGCGUCUCCCCCGUGCUCGCGUCUUGCCACUUUUGCGUCUCGCAGUUCGGGUGGCACGACGAGUUAAUAAACCGGGACAAGUUACCCUUGAGACGCGCGUCGAUGACCUGCCUCUCCUCGCACGUCUUCUCGUCGAUGAUCUCGCCGGUGUACUCCACGAUGAACCGUCCUUUCGGGACGUUCUCCGCGGCGAACAACCCCCACCCGCGGUGCUCCGUGAGCAUGAUCUUGUUCUUCGGUAUGGACAACAGGUGGAACGGGCGGUUGCUGCACGAGGGCCCGCACGGGCACACGCGCGGGUCGCACGUCGUGUGGCACGUCCGGUUGAAACACUCCUCGCCACAUCCGAGCCUCGGGACCGCCGCCGCGGGGGUCUUGGGUUCCGUCGCGGCGUUCGCGGGCGCGGGCGCGGUCGCCGCGCCAGCCGCGGCGUCGCGACCUUCCGCCUCCGCGGCGGCUUUCUCCGCGGCGGCUUCCUUCUUCGCAGCCUUCUCCGCGCGCUCGGCGUCGCGUUGGAUCGCCAUCGCGACUUGCGCCGCCGGCGAUGCGACGCACAUGCACGGCUCGGCUUCUUCUUUUGGGAUCAAACGCGGCGGCGCCUGGCAGAUCCACUGGCACCGGCGGAGCAUCUCGAACGUCGGCGGCUUCCCGAGCGCUCUGACCUCGAACGGGAGCUUGAACUCGUCCACGCCGAGGGUGCUCUUAACCGCGGCGGCGAAGUCGUCGCUCGUCGGAUAGGCCGUCAACGCCGUCAGCUUCGGAUACUUCACCUUCGGCAUGGCGUCCAACGCAGCCUGCUUCGCCGCCUCCGCCUCCGCUUUCGCGAUCGCCCUCAGUUCCUUCUUCGUCGGCGGCUUCUCUUUCUUCGCCGGCGUCGGCGGCUUCUCUAUCUUCGCCGGCGGCGGCGGCUUCUGUUUCUGUUUCUUCGCCGGCGGCGCCUUCUUCGGCGUCGAAGCCGUUCUCUUCUUCGGCGCUUUCGGCGCUUUCGGCGGCGGCGGCGACGGCGGCGGCGUCGGCGGCGCGACGUAAUCGUACCACCCCACCGGCCGCGCGGUGGGGUCCUUGACGAACGCGCACGCCGCCUCGAUCGCGGACAUGAUCCCCUUCCGCUUCGACACCGCCCAGUGCCCGUGCUGCCACCCCAGCGCCCAGCCCUCGACGACGACCGCGUUAGGUUUCUUCCCCGCGUCGAUCCACUGGUACUCCGACGUGCCAAAAAACUGAUACGCGCGCGUCGCAUCGCCCGCGGGCUUCUUGCAUCCGGGCGGGACGCGGUCGUGGUGCGCGGUCGGGACCAUCUGCGCGGGCCACCACGGGUAGCCCUUCAGCU